UCUUUCUGUCAGAUUAGCUUCGUUAGCUUUGUUUAGUUCAUUUUCUUCACUCUCGUCUUUAUCUAUCCUUGUUACUGUUUAUCUAGCAAGUGAUAAAAGUGAUUAUACCACAGAUAUAUAAUAUACGGAUAUUUGUAGCACGUAACGCUUUAUUACUUUAUACUAGGAUGAAAGUUAGUUAGCAUGCGACCCAGUAGCAUAUGCAGUGUCCCAAAUAGCGUCUGACUUGAUAAGAAGUUCACUAGAUAGGGCGCAGGAACCCAGAGGUCUCGUGCGCUUAUAUAAGGAGCAGGCUGCUAUUUGGAAUUGACCCCUGCUUUGUUUACUAGGACGUGUAUAGUGUUAGUUUACAGCUUUCUGUCUUCUCAGUGGGAUUUUUUUUUUUGUCCAAACAUGGACUUGAGUGACUUUGAGGCGGAUAAUUCGGUCAGUUGUAGACUGUCAUCUCCAAUCCCUGAGCUGUGCAGGACUGAAGACUGCUGUCUGGGUAUCGACGAGGCUGGUAGAGGUCCUGUGUUGGGUCCCAUGGUUUAUGGAAUAUGUUUCUGUCCAGUGUCCAGAAAAGAGGAGUUGAAGGACCUGAAAGUUGCAGACUCGAAGACGCUGAGCGAGGCAGAGAGAGAGAGCCUGUUUCUGAAGCUGGACAAGGCUAAGAACUUUGUGGGCUGGGCUCUUCAGGUCCUCUCACCAAAUACCAUCUCCACCAGCAUGUUACAGAGGACGAAGUAUAAUUUAAACGCUCUGUCUCACGAUGCUGCUAUUGGGCUGGUGCAAUACGCUCUGGACUGUGGAGUGCAGCUCAAAGAAGUGUUUGUGGACACGGUGGGUCCAGCGGAGAAGUACGAGGAGAAGCUGUCUCAGCGUUUCCCCGGGGUGAAGGUGACCGUACGCCCCAAAGCUGACUCACUCUUCCCCAUCGUCAGCGCCGCCAGCAUCUGUGCCAAGGUGGCACGAGACCACGCGGUGAAAGGCUGGAAGUUUGCAGAAGACUUAGUGCACGUGGACACCGAAUACGGCUCAGGAUACCCCAGCGACCCAAAGACUAAGAGCUGGCUGUUGAAGUAUCUCGACCCAGUGUUUGGUUAUCCUCAGUUUGUGCGUUUCAGUUGGAGCACGGCUCAGACUCUGCUGGACAGCAAAGCCGUCCCAGUGCACUGGGACGAUGACGAGGAGGACGGAGAGAAAUCUGCAGCUCGACAGAAUAACACGUCCGUAUUGUCUUACUUCAGUCGCAACAAACCUGCCAGCGAGACACACACACGAGAGCCGCACCGCUUCUUCACUGAGCGUCGAUUACAGAGCAUUGAUACGCUCUAAACACGCAGACACACACGCUGUCUAAUCUAAACCUCUGUCAAGUUGUCUCCUGGAAAAUCAAGCGUUGUAUUUUUGUUUUAAACAAUUUUCUUAACAUUCAAGAAAUAAAACGUGUAUUUUAUACAUUAA